GCAGAGCGAGAGUUGUGAAGGGCGCCGGGAAGCCCUUCGGCACCUCGUCCUGCUGGCGCCAGACAUGACUUUCACCCGGGAAGUCAUCAGCCGUGAUGGGCUUCAGAGACUAGGCUCCAUCAUUGAGGAUGGGGACGAGUGGUGUGCUAUGUGAACAUGAACCUCAUGGAUGCAUCUGUGCAGCCCCUGGCCCUGGGGUUGCUGGAGAGUGUGACCUUGAGCAGCCCUGCCCUGGGCCAGCUGGUCAAGAGCGAGGUGCCACUGGAUAGGCUGCUGGUGCACCUACAGGUGAUGAACCAGCAGCUGCAAACCAAGGCCAUGGCACUGCUGACAGCUUUGCUGCAGGGAGCCAGCGCUGCUGAACGUAAGCACAUGCUUGACUACCUGUGGCAGAGAAACCUUCGCCAGUUCAUCUACAAGAACAUCAUCCAUAGUGCAGCGCCACUGGGCGACGAGAUGGCUCACCACUUGUACGUACUGCAGGCCCUUACGCUGGGGCUGCUGGAGCCGCGCAUGCGGACGCCACUGGACCCCUACAGCCAGGAGCAGCGGGAGCAGCUGCAGGCCCUGCGGCAGGCUGCCUUUGAACCGGAGGGGGAGUCCCUGGGCACUGGGCUGAGUGCUGACCGUCGCCGUUCCCUCUGUGCCCGCGAGUUCCGCAAACUGGGCUUCUCUAACAGCAACCCUGCGCAGGACCUGGAGCGCGUGCCCCCUGGCCUGCUGGCCCUGGACAACAUGCUCUACUUCUCCAGACACGCGCCCAGCGCCUACAGCCGGUUUGUGUUGGAGAACAGCAGCCGUGAGGACAAGCACGAGUGUCCCUUUGCCCGGAGCAGCAUCCAGCUGACUGUGCUGCUGUGUGAACUGCUCCAUGUCGGGGAGCCCUGCUCCGAAACUGCCCAGGACUUUUCGCCCAUGUUCUUUGGCCAAGACCAGAGCUUCCAUGAGCUCUUCUGUGUGAGCAUCCAGCUGCUGAAUAAGACCUGGAAGGAGAUGCGGGCCACUCAGGAAGACUUUGACAAGGUCAUGCAAGUGGUACGGGAGCAGCUGGCCCGCACGCUGGCCCUGAAGCCCAGCUCCCUGGAGCUCUUCCGAACCAAGGUGAACGCGCUCACCUACGGGGAGGUCCUGCGCCUGCGGCAGACAGAGCGGCUGCAUCAAGAAGGCACACUGGCCCCUCCCAUUCUGGAGCUGCGGGAGAAGCUGAAGCCAGAGCUCAUGGGCCUGAUCCGCCAGCAGCGUUUGCUCCGCCUCUGCGAGGGGACACUCUUCCGCAAGAUCAGCAGCCGACGGCGCCAGGACAAGCUGUGGUUCUGCUGCCUGUCCCCCAACCACAAGGUGCUGCAGUAUGGGGAUGUGGAGGAGGGCGUCGGCCCGCCCGUCCCCGAGAGCCUGCCUGAGCAGCUCCCUGUGGCCGACAUCAGGGCACUGCUGACAGGCAAGGACUGCCCCCACGUCCGGGAGAAGGGCUCGGGAAAGCAGAACAAGGAUGUCUGUGAGUUAGCUUUCUCAGUCAGCUAUGACCACGGGGAGGAGGAGGCAUACCUCAACUUCAUUGCCCCAUCCAAACGGGAGUUCCACCUGUGGACAGAUGGGCUGAGCGCCCUGCUGGGCAGUCCCAUGGGCAGUGAGCAGACACGGCUGGACCUGGAGCAGCUGCUGACCAUGGAAACCAAGCUGCGGUUGCUGGAGCUGGAGAAUGUGCCCAUCCCUGAGCAGCCACCCCCCGUCCCCCCGCCCCCCACCAACUUCAACUUCUGCUACGACUGCAGCAUCGCUGAACCUUGACAGCGAGGUUGGCCAAGGGCCACAGCUGCUGCCACUGUGGUGGCCACAAAGGGUGGAGGUGGGGAGAAGCACAGGCACCCUGACCAGCAGAGGCUGCAGCAGAAAUAAAGUCUGCUUGGCUCUUAGACAUGUGUUGAGCCAGCUCUGAACCCUGCAGGCUAAGCCUGCCUUCAAGCUUAGCUGGCAGAUGAGAUGAGGGUGUCAGGCCAGGGCCACAGCUUGGGGCCACAAACCUGGGCAGCUACAGUUGAGGGGCUGGUGUUGUGAAGGACGGUGGGGACCGGCUGGCCCUGUUACCCUUCUCCAACAUGAGUCCUCAGCCUCCCUCAGUGCUAGGCCUGCAAAGAAGGAUGGCCUGUAGUCUGGGGGCACCAGCUGAGAGAGGUCUGGGGCUGCCAGCCAGCUGAGGGAGAGGUGUUAGGGCAGGAGGCAUUUCCCCAAGUGGAUGCCUUUCUGGGCGCCAUUAACAGGGGCCUAGUCUGGGAGCCAUGUUUCCAGAAGGCUCUCGACAGUCUGAGCUCAGUCCUCAACCCUGCUUGGCCCUUCCCCUGCGUCAUUUGUGGGUCGUGACGGCCCCCUGUUGAGAGGCUUGAAGGGUGAGAUGUGAAGUUGGGUAUGCUUUGUGCUGAAGGGCAAACUCAAGAUUCCAAAAGAUGUCCCCCAGGCCAGUGGGAGGAUGUACGCUGAUUCUGACAAGAGGGAAGUUAGUGCAGGAAGCCUGCAUUCUGGUUAAAACCCAACUGCAGCAGCAUGGGUUGGGGGGGGCCACAGACAGGCCAGCUGGAGGUGAAGCUCGGAGGCUAUGGUCAUAGACCCCAAGCCUCUGAGGCAAAGAGGAGCACACCCACCCACAGGACCCACGGGCAGGCUGGAAGCUGCCAGCCACCACCCUCUGACCUCCUCCAUGCCUCUCACUACCUCUCUUUCCCAGUGCCUCCUCAAAAUAUCUUUUUUAAGUGUUAACCAUCACCAUGUUACCUAAAAACUGAUGAUAUGGCACCUCCUUUGAAGAAUGUUCUGGGGGAGUACUUGUUCCCCCUCUCUAGCUAUGCUUCUGACUUGGGCAUUCAGGGCCCCACAUGCCCACUCCUGCAUUCAGACUUCCCACCGCACUUAGAAUAGUCCCUGUUGAGUUCAGGGUGCAAAUGGGGAGCCCAAAUGCAGUUAAGUCUCCUAAUACCAUCAAUUCUUCCUUCUCAGUGUCUCCAGUCCCUUGUUACAGGCCGCCAUCAUCUUGGCAAGAGCCUCCUGACUUCCUGCCUCCUGUCUCGCCCUUACAAUCUUCUCAAUACCAACUACCCCACUGCUUUCUCAAACAGGAAGCCGAUCUGAUUACACACUCACACACACACACCAUCUCCCCUGUAUUCUUCGGUGUCUCCCUAUUGACCAUGGAUAAUGGUCACAGUACCAUGAUUGAACAGAGUUGAGAUGGGUUGCAGACACGUUGUGGUUUAACCCUUUCAACAGAGUGCCUGUGGCUUACAGAGUCACAAGCAUGUGGACCAAGGAUGCUCGGUCCAAGCUGGCAUCCUCCCUGCCCGCCAUGGGACUGGGACUACCCCUACACCCAGCGCCAGCUCUGGCCUGCCCAUGUGCACCUCCCUGGUCCCUUCUGCCUAAUUGUCUCCUUCCCUCCCUCCUCUUUUUUCACUGACUUGAGUCUUCCCUUGACCUUCCAGGGUAAGCUUAUAGCUUCUUUCUCUGUUUAGGAGGUUGGACUAGACCUUUAAUGAGCCUUCCUACCCAGAGAUGCUGUCCUCUUUAGUGUCUUUUGUGUGUGUGUGUGCUGAAAACAGCCUGAAUGACUCAGGCAGCCUUAAUCACUGUGCUCCUGGGAUCUGGCUGGGAUGAGGGUACACAGACAUGCCUUUGCUGCAGGACAUGUCCUGGGGCUUGUGCUGGGGAGAGGCCUCUGGAGUCUCCCACCAUGUGGGGAAGAAGCUAGGGCCUGCUGGGGGCACAUGUAGGGCUUUGGGCCAGGUGUGAGGA